AUGACAGUGAAGUUGGUCUGUGCCUUGAACGGAUGUCUGUUUCAGUGGGUGAAGAUUCUGAGCCAGCGUUCUGUUUUUGUUUUGUCUUUAGAGUCGGACGUGGCGGUGGAUCUGCUGAGAAACGACACGGUGCACGGUGAUCACGUGGCCUCACCUCCACCAUGGCUGACGUGGAACUGUCGUGUCGAGUGUACGUCAAGAUGUACCUGCACGCCUGUCUCUUCCCCCAUUGUCCUGUCGUUGUCUCCAGUGACCCAGCUGGCCCUCACACAGGUGGACGUGUGGUGUUCACAGACUCAGCAGAGGAUUGUGGGUUACUAUCAAGCUAACGCCUGUGUGUCCGACAGUAGUGAAAACCACAGAAUCAGGAUUUGUUCCAAAAGCUCCACUUUCUACUACGUCUUCCGUGGGCGACUUCAUUUGUGUUCAGGUGAUCACGUGGCCUCACCUCCGUGGUCAUGGCUGACGUGGAACUGUCGUGUCGAGUGUACGUCAAGAUGUACCUGCACGCCUGUCUCUUCCCCCAUUGUCCUGUCGUUGUCUCCAGUGACCCAGCUGGCCCUCACACAGGUGGACGUGUGGUGUUCACAGACUCAGCAGAGGAUUGUGGGUUACUAUCAAGCUAACGCCUGUGUGUCCGACAGUAGCCCGACCCCGUGUGCAGUGAAGGUGGCUGAUAAAAUCGCUGAGCAGUUUGACAACGCAGUGUUGUUAAUGCUCGACGGCAGUAAGAUGUCGUCGGACUAUCGGGUUCCUCCCAUCGUAAUGUACGAUCGCAAAGACGCCAGAUGGACGCUCAAAGACAAACACACAAUCAUGCUGAGACAGUGGGAGGAAACACGGGCCAUCGCCGCUCAGAUGCUCGAGUCCGGUGAUCACUCACUAUUAGUGGACUUCGACAGCCACCUGGAUGACAUCACAAAGGACUGGACUAAUCAGACACUAAACACCAAAAUAGCAGAGCUAGCAUGUCCGGCUAAUGGCAGCCUCUAAACAGUAGCUACUGUUAGGAUGUAGCUUACACUAACAGUGGUCGUCGUCUUCCUGCCUGGACUAGUGGUGGUUUCAUGGUGGAAGACGACCAUCACCUUAUCUACAAUGUCUGUGAUCACCAGAUACGUAUGUUGUCAAUAAACUGUGACUUGUUUCCAUCUGUAUUUAUAUUUAUGACUUAUGUAAAACAUUACAAUAAUACAAUAUUUACAUUUGACAAAAA